UGAAUCGGUGCGCACACGCAAACGCACGCGCCGUGUUUUGUUUUGUUUAUCAUCCUUGCACUGGCACUGACCACUGCUGUGUGUGUAGUAGUUGGAGCAGCCGCACUGUAUACCCUUCCCUUUUGUAUAAUGAACUUUUUUAUCAGAAUCGCGCCGUCACUCGCGCGCUCCACACGGAUUUAGUUCCUAUUUGAAUAAUACAAGUGUGUCAGUUAAAGCGGACGGUUGAUAACUUGUCACACAGUGAAAUGGCACCGGUUACAAAUAGCGUUGUUGGAAUCGACGACGACCAACGUUUUGCUCUUAUGAAGUUUCGAAGGAGCGUAAAAGAUGUCCUUAAACCGGAAUACAACGAUCACUUUUUAUUGAGGUGGCUUAGAGCAAGACAAUGGGAUCCAGAAGCUGCGGAAAAAAUGCUCAGAGAUUCUAUGAAGUGGCGAGAGAAAUGGGGCGUUGAUACAACCCUUCAGACGUGGAAGCCCCCGGAAGUACUUGAGAAGCAUUUCCCCAGCGGAAGCACUGGCUUCGAUAAGGAAGGAUCACCUGUGAUAAUAGUUCCAUUCGUCGGUUUGGACGUGUGGGGACUUCUGCAUUCCAUCAGUCGCACCGAUAUCAUAAGAUUGGUUCUAGUCCACCUUGAAAACUAUCUCGCCACAGCCCGGAAACAAGCACAAGUGCACGGGCCCGCUGCCUUAAAGGUGACUGUGAUAUUUGACAUGGAAGGGUUCAACAUGCGACAGUACGCGUGGAAGCCUGCCGCCGAAAUGGUGGUCACACUGCUCAAGAUCUACGAGGCCAACUAUCCGGAGAUACUGAAGACCUGUUUCAUUGUUAACGCGCCGAAAGUGUUUACCCUGGCGUUCGCAGUGGUAAAGAAGUUCAUGCAUGAGUACACGAUAUCGAAGAUCAAGAUAUACGGCACGGACAGCAAGAAGUGGAAGGCGCAGGUGCUCACGAUGGUGGAGGCGGACCAGCUGCCGGUGUACUAUGGCGGGUCAGUGGUCGACGACAACGGUGACCCGCGAUGUCAGCUUAUUGUCAAACCUGGCGGCAAGGUUCCCAAGUGUUACUACACGAAAAAUACAAGCAAGGAAAACAAAAAAGAAUACAGCAAAGUAACUAUCAAGACUGGCGACACACACGUCGUCGACUUAUUAUGCGCUGAUCCUGAAAGCGUUUUAAAAUGGGAUUUGGGUGUGGAGAGCCACGACAUUAAGUGGUCGGUGCGGCGGCGCGACGCUGAGGGUACAGAAGAGGUGGUGCACGGGCCGCACACGUUGCACCCCGGCGCGCCUUCUGUGGGCCUGCUGCCAGUCAGCGGCCCCGCCACAUAUUCGGUGAUGUUCGACAACUCCAAUGCGUUCAUGAGGAGCAAGAAAGUUUAUUACGACUUGGUGAUAGCAGUCCCAGCCAAAGAUCUCGACACCAGCGACAUUCCCGAGGAUGACGCCUCGUCCUCAAACUCAACCGCUUUAUGAAAUUCAGAGUCUCUGUUGCGGUCAUGGACUUUUAUUUAAACUAGGCAAAGAAAGAGUUGGUGCAAGAAACGUACCCAAGUCCAAGCAGGAUCCAUUCCCCGUAGCAGAAGCACCACAAUUUUAUUUAAGUACAUAUUUUAUUGCGCCUAACGAUCAAACUCCAUAGAAAUUCGACAAGUGAGCGAUUAAAAAGAACGAUAUAUCAUACCGCGGUGCUCUUGCAAGGAGUUUUUUUUAAUUCAUGUUUUACGGCCGCACUUUUCACCAUUUCGGCCUUCAUGCAAGGGGAGCAGAGGUUAGUGGUGUCGAUUCUGGUAUAAUUCUCAAACCAUAUACUUAAAUUUGACAACAG